CUUUGCCGUGUGAAAUGUGAGAAGGAUUCAGUGCACCUCGCGAAAAGUAAUGUUUUUCACACGAAAUAGGCAAGUCCUCGUGCAGAAGGGUGUGGAUUUUGCCGUGAGAACUCUCACCGGACACGCACACUAUGGCAGAUUCCCUCGUCAAUUCGCCGGUGGCCAGGAAAGAGCCUCCAAACUUGACACAAAAUCGCGAGAGUCUUCCGGACGGGCUUUCUCGGCCGCCUCCACGAGCGCCCUAUGGCUGGAUGGGAAGCUGGAGUCGGGCUCCCUGCCGCAGAGCACGGACGUUGUGAUAUACGGCGCAAGUAUUAUUGGGGCGUCCGUGGCGUACAACCUGGCCAAGGCGGGCAUGGGUGCGCAGGUGAUCCUGCUGGAUCAGGACACCGUCACAGACGGGCGCGUGUGGCAGGAGAACAGCGGACUCGUGGGUGCGUUUAAGCCCACGCUGUCACAGGUGAAGCUGGUGCAGAAGUCCAUCGACUUGUUCCAGGAACUCACGGACAAGGGCCUUCCCACGGGCUGGCGGCAAUGCGGAUCGCUGAAUCUGGCCAGGACGCGCGACAGAAUGACCGUCUUUCGGCGCAUGAAGUCACAAAGCACCGGCUGGGGAAUUGAGUGCAGCAUCCUCAGUCCAGAGCAGUGCAAGGAGGUCUUCCCGCUGCUCGAAGUGUCUGACAUUCUGGGCGGCCUCUGGAUUCCCACUGACGGCGUGGCGGAUUCCAUGCUCAUCUGCCAGAGCCUUUUGCGCGAGGCGCAGAAGAUGGGCGUGAAGAUUGUGGAGAAGUGCGCGAUCAGGAGCAUCUCUCGCGCCGAGGGACGCGGUCAGGCCAUUGAGACAUCUUUGGGCACUGUUUACGGCACGUACUUUGUCAAUUGCGCCACUCUCCACGCCAGAGAUGUGGGCUUGCUCUCUGAUCCCAUCGUGAAAGUUCCUCUUCACGCCGCCGAACACUACUAUCUGCACACGAAGCAAGUGGACGGAUUGUCGCCCGAAGCGCCUGUGAUACGAGAUCUGGACGGACAGAUCUUCUUCCGGGAGAACGACGGAAGACUCCUGGCCGGCGGGUAUGAGAAGAAUGCCAAGCCAGCCUUCGAGGAUGGCCUGAUUCCACCUAAUGCCGCUUCCAUGCAACUGCCUGUGGACUGGGAUCACUUCCAUGUGCUUCUCGAGGAGUUGAUAAAGCGCGUUCCUUGUCUGGAGGAGGCGUUCCUCGAGCGUCUUUCCAAUGUUCCUGAAGUCUUCUCGCCGGACGGCAAGUGGAUUGUGGGCGAAAGCCCAGAAAUACAGAACUACCUGGUGGCCACGGGAAGCCAGAAUGUCUCCACGGCCGGACUGGGUUUCGCCAUUGCGGAUCUCAUCACGCAGGGUUACUCAACGGUGGACAUUCACGACUUGGACAUAUCGCGCUUCCUGGGACUGCACAACAACCGCAAGUUCCUGCGUGAGAGGGUGCGGGAGGUGCCAGGACUGCACUAUGCCAUCCCAUAUCCCUUUCAGGAAUUCGAGACUGGCCGCACGCUGCGGAUGUCACCGAUUUUCCCCGCCUUCAAGGAGUCCGGAGGUGUUUUCGGCCAGACAAUGGGCUACGAGCGUCCGUCGUGGUUCGACCAGAAGCACUGCCUGGACGACAAUGGUGUGCCAAAGUAUCGCAUCGCCGCCACGCGCACGUUCGCCAAGCCGUCGUGGUUCAAAUACGCCGCUGAAGAGUACAACGCGUGCCGGGAGAAGAUCGGUCUGUGCGACUACAGCUCCUUCACGAAGGUGGACAUGUGGUCGAAGGGGCGCGAGAUUGUGGAUCUGCUGCAGCACCUGUGCUCCAAUGAUGUCGAUGUGCCCGUGGGCACGAUCAUUCACACGGGGAUGCAGAACAAGCAGGGUGGAUAUGAGAAUGACUGCAGUCUGGCGCGCAUUGGGCCGAGUCACUACUUCAUGAUCGCACCGACGAUCCAGCAGACGCGCUGCAAGGCGUGGAUUGAGCGCCACAUGCCGCCAGGUGGACAGAUAAGUCUGUCCGAUGUGACUUCCAUGUACACGGCCAUCUGCAUCAUGGGCCCCUUCUCUCGCAUCAUGCUCUCCGAGCUGACAGACACGGACUUGGCGCCCAAGAACUUCCCCUUCUUCACGUACCGCGAACUCGAUGUGGGCCUGGCCAAUGGCAUUCGUGCGUUCAAUCUCACGCACACCGGAGAGCUGGGCUUCGUGCUGUACAUCCCCAAUGAGUUCGCGCUGCACGUGUACACGAGACUGCUGGAGGCGGGCGAGAAGUACGGCAUCAGGCACUGUGGUUACUAUGCCAUGAGGGCGCUGCGAGUGGAGAAGUUCUUCGCCUUCUGGGGACAGGAUUUGGACACAUUCACCACACCGCUGGAAUGCGGAAGAAUGUGGCGCGUGAAGUUCGAUAAACCUUUCCACUUCAUCGGCAGGGAUGCGCUGAUGAAGCAGCGCGACGAGGGUGUGAAUCGACUGUAUGUGCAACUGCUGCUCAACGAUCACGACUCCGAAGUGGACAUGUGGCCGAUGGGUGGCGAGCCAAUCUUCCGCAACGGUGACUUCUGCGGCCAGAUCACCACGGCCAGCUAUGGGUUCACGUUCAAGCGCCAAGUGUGCUUGGGUUUCGUGCAGAACCUCAGUCCGGAGGGUGUGGCGGAGAAGGUGUCGAACGAGUAUGUGCUCAGCGGUGACUAUGAGAUCGAGAUCGCGGGCAUUCGCUAUGGGGCCAAGGUGAAUUUGCACUCACCCAAUUUGCCCACCAAGUAUCCUGAUCAGGAACGCGAGGCGUACAAGGCAACGCGCGACAAGAGUGACGAAUCAUCGGUGAUGGCGCCAAAGCUCUCAUGGUAAACGUAGCUCAAAUCUUUUUAUCACUAAUUUUCAACACUGUUUGCAAUUAUCAACGAUCAUUUCGUGUCAUAUUUCCACGUCGAAGCGCUUCAAUUUAUAUAACACAAAAAAGUGGUGUUUUCUGAGAGUGAUAUUGUCCUAUAUUUAUAUAUAAAAAAUGUGAGGUAUUUAAUCUGAAUUCUGUACAUAAAAUAGAGGAUUUUGUAAAGUU